UCAGUCUACACUUAGUGUACGGUAAACCGUAACAGAAGUUAGGAUGAUGUUCGCUUUUCUUCUCGCCGCAUUGCCGGCGCUGGCUCUUGCCGAAGUGGACAGCAGUUUCGUGUUCCAGUACCACCGCUACCCCGCUCUGCAGAGCGCCAUGCUCGCCGUCAACAAUGACUGUCCGGACAUCACCCGUCUGUACAGUAUCGGGCAGAGCGUGCAGGGCCGUGAGCUGUGGGUCCUCGAGAUCACCGACAACCCCGGACAGCACGAGCUCGGCGAGCCAGAGUUCAAGUACGUCGGCAACAUGCACGGGAACGAGGUGCGCGGCCGUGAGUUGAUCCUGCUCCUGGCGCAGUACCUGUGUGGGGAGUACAAGGCCGGGAACAGCCGCAUCGUCAGUCUGGUCCAGAACACCCGCAUCCAUCUCAUGCCCACCAUGAACCCAGACGGAUUUGAAGUCGCCGCCAACCAGGGUCCCGACGGUAACGACUGGACCACCGGUCGGGACAACAUGCAGAAGAUCGAUCUGAACAGGAACUUCCCUGCGCUGAACAGCAUUGCGUACAGUGGAGAGGCUUCCGGUAUGAACCAGGACCACAUCCCCAUCCCGUCCUCCUACUGGUCCGGCAAGGUUGCCCCCGAGACAAGGGCGAUGAUCACAUGGCUCCAGUCUUAUCCCUUCGUUCUGUCCGCAAACAUGCAUGACGGUACAGUGGUCGCAAACUACCCAUACGACAACGCCAAGAGGGGCGAUUACGGUUACGCCGCUACCCCGGAUGACACCCUGUGGAUCAGCCUGGCCAGUACUUACGCGCAGGCGCACGGCACCAUGGGUACCGUCGGCGGCGACUGUGGGUAUGACUUUCAUUUUGAGGACCAGGGAGGCAUCACGAACGGAGCCGACUGGUACAGCCUGGAGGGAGGAAUGCAGGACUUCAACUACCUGCACACCAACUGUUACGAGCUGACUCUGGAGCUGGGCUGUGACAAGUACCCGCCUGAGUCCGAGCUCCGCAUGGAGUGGAACAACAACAAGGAGGCCCUCCUCGCCUACAUGGAACAGGUCCACAUCGGAAUCAAGGGUGUGGUCAGGGACACUAACGGAAAUGGCGUUCCUGACGCCAAGAUCAUGGUGCAGGGUAACAUCCAUGGCGUCCAUUCCGCUGCCGAUGGUGACUACUGGCGCCUGCUGCUGCCGGGUACCUACAGCGUCAGCGUCACCAAGGGCCAGGCCACGCAGACCAAGUCCUGCACCGUGACCAGCGGCGCCGCCACCACCUGUGACUUCACGCUGGAUGCCGCCGCCACCAGCGUGUCCGGCGGGACUGGAACCGGUACGGGAACCGGCACGGGGGGCACCAGCGAUCCCUUCUGGUGGCUCACCCAGGACUGGUAAACCGGUGUCACCUGCAGAGCACGACUGGACAUAAAUGCCAUCUAGCUGGAUCAAAUUUGUCAGUCAAUGAAUUAAAGACGAUAUU